CCUACUGCUGUAGUAGGUGGUGCCCACGGUGGUGCUCAUGGCAGUGUGGUUGGUGGUGUUCCUGCUGGUAUGGUAGGUGGCAUGGGUGGCGUGGUCACUGGCGGUGGAAUGGUUGGUGACCCUAUGGUUUGUGGAGGCAUCUUCUCUACCCUUGAUGGGAAAAUGACCAUGCAGAACCUCAAUGACCGUCUGGCCAGUUACCUGGACAAGGUCCGAUGCUUGGAGGAGGAAAAUGCUGAGCUUGAGUGCCGGAUCCGGGAAUUUUAUGCCAAGCAAGGCCCCCUCUGUGAACCGAAGGACUAUAGCCAUUUCCACCAGCAAAUUGAAGAUCUUAAGAACCAGCUCAUUUGUACAAGCGUGGAGAACAACAAGCUCCUUCUGUGCAUUGAUAAUAGCAAGCUGACUGCUGAUGACUUCAGAACCAAGUAUGAGACAGAAUGCUGCCUCCGUCAGAAUGUGGAGGCUGAUAUUAAUGGCUUGCAUCAAAUCCUGGAUCAGUUGACAGCCUGCAGGGCUGACUUGGAGGUACAGAGUGAAAAUCUGCAGGAUGAGCUGUGCUGCCUGAAGAAGAACCAUGAAGAGGAAGUUACCUGUCUGAAGAACCAGUCAACUGGUGAUGUCAAUGUGGAGGUCAAUGCCUGUCCUGGACCGGAUUUGAGGAAGAUCCUGGAAGAGAUGAGAUGCAAGUAUGAGACAAUGAUUGAAGGCAACCGCAAGGAGGUUGAAGCCUGGUAUGGCUCCAAGAUCGAGGAGGUGAACCGCGAUGUCAGUACCAGCAGUCAGGAGAUUGAAGAGAGCAACAACAAAGUCACUGAACUAAGACGCCAACUGCAAGCCCUGGAGAUUGACUAUGAUGCCCAAUGCAGCCUGAGAGACACCCUGGAGGCCUCCCUGGGUGAAACAGAACAUCGCUACAACAACCACUUGGCUGAGCUUCAGGAGCGCAUUUCAUGCCUGGAACAGCAGCUGUCAGAGCUGCGGGCAGAAAUGGAGUGCCAGAACCAUGAAUACACGGAGCUCCUUGAUGUCAAAAGCCGGCUGGAGCAGGAAAUUUCCACCUACCGCUGCUUGCUGGAAGGGGGACAGCAUGACACUGUUGGAGGAGGAGGGGUUGCUAGAGCCAGCAGUGGAGCAGCUGGAAGAACUGGUGAAGUUCGGGCAUCUCACACUUACGUAACACAUCCCGCGGGCCAUGUGGGCCAUGCAGGCCAUGUGGGUCAUACAUGCCAUGGAGGCCAUUUACACCAUUAGAACACAGGAAAGGAGCUCAUAAGAGAACUUCAGAAGAAUGAGCAGAAAGCCCCUUACCUCCAGGAAAGCAUUCCUGUAGUUCACCCAAGCUGUUGUUGCUUCAUCUGUCCGGUGGUAUCCUUCCAAGCUAAUCAGAAGGCCCACUUCACUGUCUUCCACGCUACUGAGUCUUUCCCAUAGUUCUGCAACGUAGCAUAUCCAAUCACAGUUGCUUAACCAAGAUGCAUUAGUGCCGUGGUUGGCUAUCUACUGACCACUGAAAACAAACCAAGAAGCCUGAAAUAAAGCUC